AUGGGGCUAAGAGUGGCCAGCCUCUUCCUCCUCUGGCUGGCUCUUUCCUCUGCUAAUGAAAUAAAGAAAGGAAGGACAAGAAGCCAUGGCCACUAUGUCUGCAGCACUUGGGGAAACAACCAUUUCAAAACUUUUGAUGGAGACGUCUACCAGUUCCCUGGCAUUUGCGAGUACAAUUUUGUUUCCGACUGUCGAGAGGCUUACAAGGAAUUCUCUGUCCACAUCCAGCGUGCUCUCAACAGCAAUGGCCAUCCUGAGAUCCAGUAUAUUCUGAUGAAAAUCAAGGAUAUAAUGGUCUACCUCAAACCAAACCUGGUUGUAGUGGAAGGGCGGAUUGUGAAGACACCUUACUACACCUCUGGUGUCCUUAUUGAGAGCAAUGAAAUUUACACCAAGAUUUAUGCCAAAUUAGGCAUGGUUUUGAUGUGGAACCAGCAGGAUGCCCUGAUGGUGGAGCUGGACAACAAAUUUAAUAACCAUACCUGUGGUCUCUGUGGGGAUUACAAUGGAAUUCAAAUCUACAAUGAGUUCAUCAGUGGAGAUGCAAGCUACAACUCAAUUACAUAUGGGAACAUGCAGAAGAUCAGCAAACCCAAUGCCAAAUGUGAAGAUCCAGAUGAAACUCAGGCUCUUCCAAGCUGUAAUGAGCAUCGUGAUGAGUGUCAGAGGUUGCUGACUUCCCCUGCAUUUGCUGACUGUCGGCUACGUCUAAAUUUGGAAAUGUACAUCCAAGCCUGCAUGCAGGACAAGUGUGCCUGUAAUGGGAAGGAGGACUCCUUCUGCCUCUGCAGCACCAUCUCUGAGUAUUCCCGCCAGUGUUCACACGCAGGUGGCCGCCCAGGAGAAUGGAGGACACAGAACUUUUGCCCCAAGAGCUGUCCUGCUACUAUGGUCUAUAGAGAAAGCAGCUCACCCUGCAUGGAUACUUGCUCACACUUGGAGAUCAGCAGCCUUUGUGAGGAGCACUACAUGGAUGGCUGUUUCUGCCCUGAAGGAACUGUGUAUGAUGAUAUCAGUGAAAAAGGCUGCAUCCCUGUUAGCCAGUGCCACUGCAAACACGGUGGAAAGGCGUAUGCACCUGGAGAAAGCAUUUCCAAAGAAUGUGAAGAAUGCACCUGUAAUUCAGGCAGAUGGACCUGCAAAGAUUUACCCUGCCCAGGCACAUGCUCAGUGGAAGGAGGUUCCCAUAUUACCACCUUUGAUGGGAAGAAGUACACCUUCCAUGGAGACUGCUAUUAUGUGUUGGCCAAGGAUACUGCAAAUGAAAGUUAUGCUCUCCUGGCAGAGCUGGCUCCCUGUGGUUCCACGGACAAGCAGACCUGCUUAAAGAAUGUUGUGCUGUUAGUGGAUAACAAAAAGAAUGUGGUGGUUUUCAGAUCAGACGGUAGCGUGCUCCUGAAUGAGAUGACAGUCAAUGUGCCUCAUGUGUCAGCCAGCUUCUCAGUAUUCAAGCCAUCUUCCAGCUACCUUGUUGUACAAACUUCUUUUGGGCUUCAGAUGCAGAUCCAGCUGUUUCAAGUCAUGCAGCUGUUUGUGACUGUGGAUCAAUCAGUUAAAGGAAAACUUCAAGGUCUUUGUGGAAACUUCAAUGGAAUGGAAGGUGAUGACUUUAGAACAACUAGUGGUCUGAUUGAGGCUACAGGAUCUGCCUUUGCUAACACAUGGAAGGCUCAGUCCACCUGCACAGACCAGGUAGAAAAGCUGGAAGACCCCUGCAGUCUCAGCAUUGAAAGUGCAAAUUAUGCUGAGCAUUGGUGCUCUUUGCUGAGAAACCCAAAGGGUCCUUUUGCAAGAUGUCACUUAGCCAUUGAUCCUUCAGAAUACUAUAAGAAAUGUAAAUAUGACACCUGCCUCUGUGAAGACAAUGAAGAAUGUUUGUGUGCUGCCCUAUCCUCUUACUCAAGAGCCUGUGCUUUCAAAGGGAUCAUACUGGGAGACUGGAGAAAGAGUGUCUGCAGUAAUGAAGCAUCUUCUUGCCCAGGAAAUCAAGUCUUCCUUUACAAUCUUACAAUGUGCCAGCAAACCUGUCGUUCCCUUGCUGAUGGUGAAAAGUAUUGUUUGCAAGACUUUGCUCCUGUGGAUGGCUGUGGCUGCCCACCCAAUACGUACUUGGAUAAGCAUGAUAACUGUGUGCCCAUCUCCCAGUGCCCAUGUUAUUACAAGGGAUCAUACCUGGAACCUGGUGAAUAUUUCACAAAAGAUGGAGAACGCUGUGUUUGCCGAAAUGCGAAGAUCCAGUGCACUUCAGUGAAAAUAAGAAUGAGAAGUGGAAAAGAAUGUUCUUCCAACAAGACAUACUUUGACUGCAAUGCAUCCUCAAAGUGGACGUCGCAAACACCUCUACAACUUAGCUGUCAUACUCCUCAAACUGAUCAUUUCCAGACGGAGUGUGUCUCAGGCUGUGUGUGUCCUGAAGGUCUAUUUGAUGAUGGCAGAGGGGGCUGUGUUGAGCAAAAAGAUUGCCCAUGCAUUCAUAACAAUGAGUGGUAUUCUUCUGGAGGCAAGAUAAAAGUGGACUGCAAUACCUGCACCUGCCAUAAAGGGGUUUGGGAAUGCACUGAUGAUGUGUGCUAUGGGACUUGUAUGAUAUAUGGAAGUGGCCACUAUAACACUUUCGAUGGGAAAUUCUAUGACUUUGAUGGGAGCUGUGAAUAUGUGGCUACUCAGGACUUCUGUGGUGCCAAAAAUUCCAGUGGUUCAUUCAGUAUCAUCACAGAGAAUGUCCCCUGUGGAACUACAGGAGUCACAUGCUCAAAGGCUAUCAAAAUGUUCCUAGGGAAAACUGAACUGAAAUUGGAGAACAAAGAGUACAAAGAAAUUCAGCGAGAUGUUGGUGAUGAUGUGCAGUAUUGGAACAGGACAGUCGGCCUGUACCUGGUUAUUGAGGCUAGCAACGGUGUGAUGCUGAUCUGGGACAAGAAGACUACUGUUUUCAUCAAGCUGAGCCCUGAUUACAAAGGCAAAGUGUGUGGUCUGUGUGGCAACUUUGAUGACAAGGCAAACAAUGACUUUACAACAAGGAGUGGACUGCAGGAGACUAAUCCUCUGGAUUUUGGAAAUUCCUGGAAACAAUCUCCCAUGUGCCCAGAUGUCACAGAAGAGAUUAAGCCCUGUGAUCUGAAACCACACCGGAAGUCCUGGGCAGAGAAAGAAUGCAGCAUCAUCCAGAGUGAAGUCUUCAAAAUUUGUCACUCCAAGGUGAACCCACAUCCUUUCUAUGAAGCUUGUGUUCAUGAUGCCUGCUCUUGUGACAGCGGUGGAGACUGUGAGUGCUUCUGCUCUGCAGUUGCAGCAUACGCCCAAGAGUGCAUCAAGGCUGAGGCCUGUGUUUUCUGGAGAACUCCUGAUAUCUGCCCAAUAUUCUGUGACUACUACAAUCCUCGCAAUGAGUGUGACUGGCACUAUGAGCCUUGUGGCAGUAAUAUCACGACCUGCAGGAUGAUCAAUAAUGUCAGCACCAACUUUACAGUACCACUACUGGAAGGUUGCUACCCCAGAUGCCCUAAGGACAAGCCUAUUUAUAAUGAAGAGACAAAGGAAUGUGUAACUGAAGAUCAAUGUGGAUGUUACCUUGAGGAUGGAACCCAUAUACAACCUGGGCAAGAAGUACCCACAGAAGAAAACUGUACAAUAUGUGUCUGUGUCCCAUCAGGAUCCAUACAGUGUAAACCACUCCCAGGGUGUCCUUGUGUCAUCAAUGGAACGAGUUACGAAGUGGGUACUGUUGUGGGACAAGUACAGGAUGGUGACAUAUGUAUAAUAUACAUCUGUGCAGAAAAUGGUUCUGUAGUUCCUGGUGAAGUCUAUCCUUGUCCAACAUCUUCACCUACAACCAUUUCAACCUCCUUCCCUUCCAGUACUCUUACCACCACUACCACAGUUUCCACUACAAGACAUCCAGUAACUACAACUCCUUGCUUUGGACUAAUCUGUGAUUGGACUGAGUGGUUUGAUGUUAGUAAACCUGAAGAAGCUGGCGGUGACUAUGAAACAUAUGAUGAAAUAAGAAAACAUGGAUACAAGAUAUGUACAGCUCCUGAAGAAAUUGAAUGCAGGGCUAAGGAUAAACCUGAUGUGAGCUUAGAUGAUCUUGGUCAGAAAGUAGAGUGUAAUGUUAAAUAUGGGCUUAUCUGCAAAAAUGAUGAGCAAGAUGUAACUAUGUGGCCACUUUGCUAUAAUUAUGAAAUCAGAGUAAACUGUUGUGAGUGGCAAGAAAUUCCUUGUGGGUCUACAAUUACACCUACAAUAUCACAAACUCCAACCACCACCAAGACAACAAUACCCACAACCACGACUUCAACAGAGAUUACCACCACCACAACAUCCCCUACAUCGGAAUUUCCAACCACUUCCACGUCGCCAGAGACUCCCAGCACCACCACCACCACCACCACCACCACUACACUGCCCCCCAGCACCACCCCCAGCCCUCCGAGCACGACCACAACUGCUCCUAUCUCAACAACACCCAUGUCAACUACUUCAAGCAAAUCCACGCCCACACCAACAUACACCACCACCACACCAACUCCAGGCACACCGAGCACAACAUCCCCUACAUCGGAAUUUCCAACCACUUCCACGUCGCCAGAGACUCCCAGCACCACCACCACCACCACCACCACCACAACCACCACCACCACCACCACCAGAUCACCUGCAACAUCAACACCUGUUACACCAACUACUGUCUCCUGUGAGUGCAUCUGGUCUGACUGGAUUGAUGUGACUUACCCAGACGGUUCCAACAAGGACAGUGGUGACUACGAAACCUUUGAGAACAUUUGGAAGCACUACCCCUCCUGGGAGUGUGCCAAAGUUGAGAAUAUUUCAUGCCGAGCAGAGAAAUUCCCUAACACGCCCAUUGCAGAUUUAGGGCAGAAAGUGCAAUGUAAUGUUGACGUAGGGCUCAUCUGUAACAAUAAAGAUCAGCAGAUAGGAGGUAUAGUACCGAUGCCAGUCUGCCUCAACUACGAGAUCAGUGUCUGCUGCACCCCGAACAGACCAGAGUGUCUUUCACCUCCAAGCACCACGAGCACCACAACUUCCACAGCUUCAACCACAACGAGCAGUGUGUCCCCUCCAAUAUCAACAACCACUCCAACAACAACAACAGAGAAGACUCCCACCAGUACCACCCCUACCACCACCCCAACAACCACCACCACCACGCUGCCCCCCAGCACCACCACCAGACCUCCGAGCACAACCACAACAGUUCCUGUCUCAACAACACCCAUGUCAACUACUUCAAGCACAUCCACGCCCACACCAACAUAUACCACCACCACACCAACUCCAGGCACACCGAGCACAACAUCCCCUACAUCGGAAUUUCCAACCACUUCCACGUCGCCAGAGACUCCCAGCACCACCACCACCACCACCACCACCACCACUACACUGCCCCCCAGCACCACCCCCAGCCCUCCGAGCACGACCACAACUGCUCCUAUCUCAACAACACCCAUGUCAACUACUUCAAGCAAAUCCACGCCCACACCAACAUACACCACCACCACACCAACUCCAGCCUGUGAGUGCAUCUGGUCUGACUGGAUUGAUGUGACUUACCCAGACGGUUCCAACAAGGACAGUGGUGACUACGAAACCUUUGAGAACAUUUGGAAGCACUACCCCUCCUGGGAGUGUGCCAAAGUUGAGAAUAUUUCAUGCCGAGCAGAGAAAUUCCCUAACACGCCCAUUGCAGAUUUAGGGCAGAAAGUGCAAUGUAAUGUUGACGUAGGGCUCAUCUGUAACAAUAAAGAUCAGCAGAUAGGAGGUAUAGUACCGAUGCCAGUCUGCCUCAACUACGAGAUCAGUGUCUGCUGCACCCCGAACAGACCAGAGUGUCUUUCACCUCCAAGCACCACGAGCACCACAACUUCCACAGCUUCAACCACAACGAGCAGUGUGUCCCCUCCAAUAUCAACAACCACUCCAACAACAACAACAGAGAAGACUCCCACCAGUACCACCCCUACCACCACCCCAACAACCACCACCACCACCACCACGCUGCCCCCCAGCACCACCACCAGACCUCCGAGCACAACCACAACAGUUCCUGUCUCAACAACACCCAUGUCAACUACUUCAAGCACAUCCACGCCCACACCAACAUAUACCACCACCACACCAACUCCAGGCACACCUCCAUCCACACCGAGGACAGUACCCACUCCAUCAGAAUCGCCAAGGACUCCCUUGCCACCAGAGACUCCCGCCAGCACUGCCAGUACUACACUGCUCUCCAGCACCACCACCAGCAUCAGCACCCCGAGCACUACAAGUAUUACUGGAUCACCAACACCCGUUUCAACUACUCCAAGCACAUCAUCUCCCACACCAACAUAUACCACCACUACGCCAACUCCAGGCACACCUCCGUCCACACUGAGCACACCAAAAUCAACAACCACUCCUUUGUCGCCAGAGACUCCCACCACCACCACCAGCCCUUCGAGCACAACAACCACUGCUCCUGGAUCAACAACUACCAUCUCAACUCCUGGAACCCCACCUACGAAGACACCGAGAACACCAGAAACACCAACUACUCCCACACCAACAGCAUCUGAAAUUCCCAUCAUCACUGCCAGCACCACGUUGUCCUCCAGCACCAGCACCAGCAUCAGCACCCCUAAGACAACAACGACUACUACUGGCUCAUCAACAACCUCCUCAACUACUUCAAGCACAUCCACACCCAUACCAGAACAUACAACCACCCUAUCAACUCCAGGCACACCGAGCACAGCAUCCCCUACAUCGGAAUUUCCAACCACUUCCACGUCGCCAGAGACUCCCAGCACCACCAGCACCACCACCACAACCACCACCACAACCACCACCACCACCAGAUCACCUGCAACAUCAACACCUGUUACACCAACUACUGUCUCCUGUGAGUGCAUCUGGUCUGACUGGAUUGAUGUGACUUACCCAGACGGUUCCAACAAGGACAGUGGUGACUACGAAACCUUUGAGAACAUUUGGAAGCACUACCCCUCCUGGGAGUGUGCCAAAGUUGAGAAUAUUUCAUGCCGAGCAGAGAAAUUCCCUAACACGCCCAUUGCAGAUUUAGGGCAGAAAGUGCAAUGUAAUGUUGACGUAGGGCUCAUCUGUAACAAUAAAGAUCAGCAGAUAGGAGGUAUAGUACCGAUGCCAGUCUGCCUCAACUACGAGAUCAGUGUCUGCUGCACCCCGAACAGACCAGAGUGUCUUUCACCUCCAAGCACCACGAGCACCACAACUUCCACAGCUUCAACCACAACGAGCAGUGUGUCCCCUCCAAUAUCAACAACCACUCCAACAACAGAGAAGACUCCCACCAGUACCACCCCUACCACCACCCCAACAACCACCACCACCACCACCACGCUGCCCCCCAGCCUGGCUCUUCAGCUUGGUUUCAGAGGACAUAAAGACUUAGUAGCUUUUGCUACUGUUGGACUUUGUGUUUCAACUCGCCAGAGUGGCGUCACUGGACGCAUUGAGUGCACACCUCCAUCCACACUGAGCACACCAAAAUCAACAACCACUCCCUCACCACCAGUGACUUCCACCACCACCACCACCAGCCCUCCGAGCACAACAACUACUGUUACUGGAUCAACAACAACCAUCUCAACUCCUGAAAUCCCACCUUCAUCCACACCGAGCACACCAAAAUCGACAACCACUCCCUCUCCACCAAAGACUCCCAUCACCACCAGCCCUCUGAGCACAGCCACAGUUAUUAUUGGAUCACCAACACCCACCUCAACUACUUCAAGCACAUCCUCACCGAUACCAACAUAUACCACCACCACACCAACUCCAGGCACACCUCCAUCCACACUGAGCACAUCAAAAUCAACAACCACUCCUGUGCCACCAGAGACUUCCACCACCACCACCAGCCCUUCGAGCACAACCACCACUGUUCCUGGAUACCCAUCUACCAUCUCAACUCCUGAAAUUAUUACCAAAACCCCGACGGCUCCACCCACUGAAGCAAUAAAGACACCAGAGACACCGACAGAGACAAACACUCCAGUUACUCAUUCAGCUACCCCACUGCCAACAACAAGAACGACAGAAAUAAGUACGUCUACUGCAAGCACCACUAGUCAACAGUCAACAUCACCAGUGUCAACCAGCCCAGUGACAGCUACCACCUCUGAAGUCACUGAAACAGGAUCAACCACCAAGACAACCACUUCAGGCCCCACACCCUCAAGGUCCACCAGCACCACACCAGUAACAGAAACACCUGUCCAUGAGACCACUACCACCAGGGCCCCAAGCCCUCCAACAGGAUCAUCUCCCACCACUUCCAGCCCUGGCACCACCACAACCUCGGGACCAAGCAGCCCUACAGGAACACUACCAAUAUCAACAACUCCAUUCACUCGAACAGGAUCAACCACCAAGACAACCACUUCAGGUCCCACACUGUCAGUGUCCACUCCCUCCACCACCACAGUAGGAACAGAAACAAAUACCCCAGGGACAACCUCUGCAACUGUUACUACUCUAACAACAUCAACCCACUCUGUGUCAACCACCACCUCUGGUACUACUCCAACAGAAAGCUUUACCACCACUUCAGGAACCACCUCUAGUACUUUUAUCACAGUCAAUGCAACCACCACCUCCACCACCCUUCCCCCUGGCUCAACUACUACAUCUGGGCCUACUGCAACAUCAACUGCAGUCACCACUUCAGGAAGUUCUACACACAGUGUAACUCCUCCAGUUAAUGGCUCAAGUACAACUACAGGUCUGAUACCAACAACUAAAAAAACUUGUACUAUUUUCCCUAAUGAAUCUUAUGAGCAAGGUGAGUCAUGGUGGCUCUGUAACUGCACUAAGGCAAUAUGUAUAGAAGACAACAUUGUCCAGGUGAUUCCAGUAAUCUGCAAUCCACCUCCAAAACCAACGUGUGCCAAUGGACUGUCUCCUGUGCCAGUCAUUGAUGAGGAUGGAUGCUGUUGGCACUGGGAGUGUGAUUGCUACUGCACUGGCUGGGGAGAUCCACAUUACAUGACUUUUGAUGGAUUGUACUACAGCUAUCAAGGGAAUUGUACAUAUGUCCUUGUGGAAGAGAUCAAUAAGAAAGUCGACAACUUUGGUGUCUACAUUGAUAACUAUCAUUGUGAUGUACGGGAUGUAGUGUCCUGUCCUCGAACACUCAUCGUGAGACAUGAGACUCAGGAAGUGAGGCUAACAACAGCACAACCAAAUACUCUACAAGUAGAGGUGACAGUAAACAACCAGCUUGUGGCUUUGCCUUAUAAGAAGUUCGGUGUAAGCAUCUAUGAGUCAGGCAUAAAUCGUGUUGUGGAAAUUCCUGAGCUGAAAAUGAAUGUGACCUACAAUGGCUUGUCCUUUUCUAUCAGAAUGCCCUACAGCCUGUUUGGCAACAACACCCAGGGCCAAUGCGGUACUUGCAAUAACAACACGGCAGAUGACUGCAUGCUGCCAAAUGGAAACAUUGCAGCAAACUGUGAAACCAUGGCAGAUCACUGGCAAGUUGUGGAUCCAUCCAAACCACAGUGCUCUCCAGGCCUAGUUCCUACAGGUUCACCUAGCACAACACCAAUACAGCCUUGCAAAGAAUCUUCCAUCUGCGAGCUUCUUUUGGGAAGUGUGUUCAAGCCAUGCCAUGCAUUUGUCCAACCUGAAAAGUACUAUGCAGCCUGUGUUUUUGAUAGCUGUAUACUUCCCAACCUAGACCUGGAAUGCUCAAGUCUGCAGAUCUACGCUGCCACCUGUGCCGAUCAAGGCAUGUGCAUUGACUGGAGAAAACACACCAAUGGUGUAUGCUGCACUCAUGAAUGUCCUCCAGGUAAAGAAUACAGAGCAUGUGGUCCUAUUAAAGAGAUGACCUGCAAAUCAAGAGGACAGAACAACACAUCAACUAAACAAGUGGAAGGCUGUUUCUGUCCUAAUGGAACCAUGCUGUAUGACUCUGGAGUGGAUGUCUGUGUGAAAACCUGUGGCUGUGUCGGAGUGGAUAUGAUACCAAGAGAGUUUGGAGAAGAGUUUACAGUGGACUGUCAGGACUGUAUUUGCCUGGAGGGUGAACAUGGCAUUGUGUGUAAGCCUCACAUAUGUGAACAAAAGAAGGUCACUUGUGAUGGAGAAGGCUUCUAUGAGGUCACUGAAGUCAAUCCCAAAGACUCCUGCUGCCCUCUUUUCACUUGCAAAUGCAAUACAAGCUUGUGUACAGCUAAAGCCCCCAAGUGCUCACUGGGAUUUGAAGUUCAUUCUUAUAUUCCCAGUGGUCAGUGCUGUCCUGUAUACCAAUGUGUUCCCAAGGGGGUUUGCGUACACGAGAAUGCUGAGUUCUUGCCCAACUCCUCAGUCUUUGUUGACAAGUGUCAGAAUUGUUUCUGCACAAAUGAUGUUAAUGUCAGCACUCAACUGAAUAUCAUCUCCUGUGAACGUGUCCCCUGCAACACAUACUGUCAACCAGGAUAUGAAAUUAAACCAGUGAAAGGUGAAUGUUGUGGAAAAUGUGUGCAGACCAAGUGUAUUAUACACACAGCAGACAAUUCUGAACUCAUCUUGAGUCCUGGAGACUUUAAAAAUGAUCCUCACAACAACUGCACCAUUUAUAGCUGUGUAGAUGUCCACAACCAGCUUAUUGCUUCCACAUCUGAGAUUACCUGUCCAGCAUUCAAUGAGGACAGCUGCAAACCUGGAACUAUUUCAUUCUUACCUAACGGCUGUUGCAGAACCUGUGCCCCUCUGGACAGCCGCACACCGUGCUCUGUGCGCCACAGACAAGACUUCAUUGUCCACCGUGGCUGCCGCUCUGUGGACAGAGUCGACUUGACUGAAUGUGAAGGAACAUGUGGAACUUUCUCGCUAUACUCUGCUGAGGCCAAUUCUAUGGACCACAGCUGCUCCUGCUGCAGAGAAACAAGGACCACUGAGAAGCACGUGGUUCUGAGAUGCCCCGGUGGGCACUCAAAGUCACACAAGUAUGUCUACGUGGAGAGCUGCAGCUGUCAGGACACUGAAUGCAGCAGGCCAAAGUCUAAUGAGCUGCAGAACAACGAAGAAAAUGACAAGGCAAGCACUCUGAACCGGAUCAAGAGAGCCAUCAGCUUAACAUCAAAAUGA